AAGAGGGUUGCCACUAGUUACCACAGCCACAAAGUCAAAAUAUCGUGAACAAUUUGUAAAAAAAAAUGUUAGGUUAGGGUUAGACAAUGUUAGCAGUGUGGUUAAGGUUAGGAUCAAAUCUGAUUUUAAGAAGAUAAAUUGUAUAAAUAGGCUGGGUUUAGCCAUAAUUAUGACUUUGUGACUGUGGUAACUAGCAACGACCGACGAAGAGUUUACCUAAACAUGGCGCCCUUGCUGGAUUAUAAAAUCGGCGAUUCUAUGUUGUAUUUUUUACCUUUGCGAUCAAAAUCGAUUCUCCUAACAUGUUCACUAAUUUUGGUUAUUUACUUGACGUCGCAGCCAGCUUUGGCCAAACCGAGUAGCCUCAAAGAGAUCACUGACGGAAACUGGGAAGACAUCUUGGCAGGAGAAUGGAUGAUUGAAUUCUUUGCCCCCUGGUGUCCGGCGUGCCAGCAGCUCCAGCCCAUGUGGAAUGAGUUUGCCGACUGGGGGGAGGACAUGGGUGUCAACAUAGCGAAAGUGGAUGUUACUGAACAGCCUGGUUUGAGUGGACGAUUCAUUAUCACUUCACUUCCGACCAUCUACCACUGUAAGGAUGGUGUGUUCAGGAGGUACCAAGGGGCUCGCACCAAAGAUGACUUCCUAAGCUUUAUUGAUGAGAAGAAGUGGCAGGGCAUUGAACCGGUUUCUUCCUGGUUUGGACCAUCUUCCUUCAUGAUGAACACAAUGUCAGCUCUCUUCAAGUUGUCAAUGUUCAUUAGGCGUUGCCAUAACUACCUGACAGAGCAGUUGGGUAUUCCAGUGUGGGGCUCGUACAUCAUCUUUGGACUGGCCACUCUCUUCUCUGGUCUAGCCCUGGGACUGAUACUGGUGUUCAUAGCUGAUUUUGUCUUCCCAUCACGACGAUUUAACUCUCCAAACUACUACCAGAAGAAACAGACGAUGGAACAAGCCAGGCUUAUUCAGCAGCUGGAGGAAGAGCAGGAGGCCGAUGGAGAGGAGGAUGAUGAGGAGGACGAUGAAGAUGGAGAACAGGAGGUCGUCUGGAGGAGAGUGUCUCCAGUGGGCCGUCCCGAGGCCAGAGGGCCGGGUUACCCAGAGGAGGUCUUGCGAAAGAGGGUGGUUGGCAACCGUGAGGAGGAGGAGGACUCCUAGAGGGCUGGAGGGGAACUGCAGAUGCCGUCUAACACCCGUGGGAGACGCGGCGGGGCUGGGGAAGCAGCCCGGUUCGGGGCCCGAGCUCAUAUUUAUAAAGCGCCUCAGAAUAAGAGUAUUGAUCUAGGAUCAGUUUUGCCUUCUAGAUCAUAAUAAAUAAGAUGACAUGAGCAGGGGUAACUGAUCCUAGAUCACCACUCCUACUCUUUCAUGCUUUAUGAAUAUUAGACCUGGCAGCAGUAGAGUUUACAGCAGACCGCUUACAGAGAGCCCUAGCGACGCGACGUCGUACUUCCUGUAUUCUCCCUCUGCUUCACCGGGAGUGCUCUGCUUUCACCACCAGCACUCCUGGACUGGAGGUGCUACUGUACACUCAUAAGACUAGGGUUGUGUUCAUUAUCUAUCUUUUGAAGAGAACAGACUGGAACAGGCAGGGUUUAUCCAAAUUUGUCCAAUCUAAAAUGCUAAUUUUCCAUUGCGUGCCCUAAUGAACCAAUUAAAUUGGGUGUGGUUUAGGAAUGGAGUGCAGUAGAAAUGGCACAUUUUUUGCCACUUUUAUGCUAUGCAUUUCUUUAGUGUUUAUUGAAUCUCUUUGUGCGUUAAUCCAUGUUUUAACAAAUUAUAUACAGCUUGUGUUUUGUGCAUUUCAUUGUAUGAUAUAUUCCAUAUAAUCUAAUAUGUACUUGUUUUCUUUUCUCCUUUUUACUGUUUUUGUAUCUCAGAAAUCCCAUAAUUUAUUUUCAUCCAAGUCUUCCUUGACAGACUGUGCAUCCACCCGCCGUGCUACUCCAUAAUGGUUUAGAAUGGUUAAAUAUUGUGCAGAAGUACAGCUGGAACCUCUUUUCCACCUUCAUAAUGAGUGUAGUUGGCAAGCUUUUAUACAGGAACUUGUGAUCAAAUAUCUUCGGGGCAGGGACUCUCCGUUUCCAUUUGGACUUUAAUCAGCAAUGGCACAAAGAUGUUGACUUGAGUUACGAUGCUCUGCUCUGGCUCUACAAGACUGGACGGUUUAAUCUCUGCUGCCUGCCUGGUUUUUAUUAAGUUUCACACCAAUGUAUGAAGGCUUGUGGUGCUAAACCUCCCUGGUGAAUGUUGUUCAUUAUGGAUUAUUAAAGAGCAACUCAACGUAAUAAGGAAUUUAUCCUUUAAAAAAACGGCUGGUGUUGCAUCGGUAUGAGUCAAACAUUUUAUUCUAAUGUCAAAAUUGACUAUGAAGUGUAAAUGGGAUCAUUUCGCUCCUGAAGUCAGUCUCGUCCAUAACAGGUUUAUGAGAUGACUAGGAAAAAAUGGUGUGUCAUGGAAUGAAGGGUUUUUUAAAAUAUUUUUUUAUCCUGCCCCCAAGUAAUCAUCAAUUUGGAGCACAAUGCCAUGGUAAAUUUGGUUUGACUUUCGAUAUCUUUAUGGGGCUAGUUAGAAUUACUCAAGGUACAUGGGACAAUAUUUUAAAAUACCAAUACUGCCAGAUUUCAAUUACUUAAUGUCAAUUUUUGAAAUUGUAGAAAUUAAUAUAUAUAUAUAUAUAUAUAUAUAUAGAAAGCAUUUGAGGCAACUAAAAGGUGUGCAAUAUGAAAAUUAUGUACCAUUUACAUGUCAAAUUUUUCGUCCAGGUUUAGCCGGAGUAGGCCGUCAUUGUAAAUAAGAAUUGGUUCUUAACUGACUUGUCUAGUUAAAUAAAAGGGUACAUUUAAAACAACUGAAAAGAAAAAUAGCACCAACAAUAGGAUAUACAAAGUCAAACCAAUUUUGGGCCGGCUGAAGCAAGUUAUCUAGAAGGGCGAGUAACUACUGUUUUGUCAGAGUGAAAGUACAAACACUUCCCUCAUUCGAACACACACGAGACACCCACAUCAAAACAUGCCUCCAUAACCCAGAUGUUGUUCUCAGUUGCAUUUACUGAAUGAUGAGAAUUGAAACCGAGGCUAAAUCAGGAAGUUCAGCUCCACUUUAAUACUGAGUUCAUAACCAACUAGAAAAGUGGUAAUUAGCAGUUGGGAAGUCGUAAAUACCAGUUGGAUGCGUUCAAGUGUUUUGAACAUGUUGAGAAACGCUGAUUGGCUAAUGGCCAACAAGCGGUGUCAACCAUAAACAAAAAGUACAGCUGUCAUGCUUGUGAACAAGUUGUAAUGUUCGAAAAACAGAUUUAUUUACAUAAAUAGUGUUUUUUUUUGCGUUUAAGUGCUGAAAUUGCAUGUUAUCGAGGUCAUAUUCUUAGUAGGUGACGUCAGAGGUCAGCAUGUGGGAGAAGUCGGAGCUCAGGGAUGAUAGACAAGUUUCCCACUAGUAAUUAGCAGUUGGAGAGGUGUUCAAGCGGAUUUCUCCUAACAGGGCCAUACUGGGGUGCGUUCACAACACCAACCUGUUACAAAGAUAUUGUGCUGUAAAAUGUAAAUAACCUUGUUUUGUCAAUCUCCACUGUAAAGCUAAUAUCCACCCCUUUGUAAAGCUGGCAGUGGACUGUAUUUUGGAUUUGUAUCUUAUGUUGUGUUCACCUGUGUGUGAUGUUCUUCCAUAUUAAUCAGAACCGUUUAUGAUUAUUGAUUGGUAAUGGGCUGUCAUGUCAGUCAGCCAUCAGACACAAUGCAUGCCCGUCGUUACAGCUACAAUUAUUAAGGGAGUUCUUUAAUAGCAUGGUCCCAGAUCUGUUUGUGCUGCCUUGCCAACUCCUAUGGUCACUCUGGCUCUUCUAUUUUGGACAAACUAUGGGUGUUUCUCAAUACUACUGCACUCCUCACUCCCGUGCUCCUAGUGCAGUCUUUGAGGGCAUUCUCUUGAGUGUGACAUUUAUUAGGACGAGAGUGUGGAAACGCAUACAUUUUACAUUUGAGAAGCGCUGCACACUCCCGUGCUACUGCAUUACCUUUUGACCGUUUACAGUAAAUUGUGUCACCAACAUGUCGGCUUGCUCAUCUACAGUAUGCUGGACUUUCCUGGAUCACAACUACCCUUGAUAACAUGUAAUAUGUCAAAACAUUUGUAGAUCUGAACAUCAGAUUUAGUUUAAUAUUGCAUUAUUGUCAGUAAAGCAAUUGAGACUG